AUGCAGCCGUUUGUUGAACAACCACAAUUUCUACUUGAACCCAAAUCUUCGUAUAUAUUUGAAAAUCGUCCUGUUAAACUUGAAUGUAAAGCAAUACGCACACGUCAAAUAUUUUUUAAUUGUGAUAAUAAAUGGGUACCUGAACAUGAACAUGCAAAAUCAACUGAAACAAAUGAUAAAGGUGUAAUUACUAUUAUAACAUCAAUUGAUAUUACAGCUGAACAACUUGAAGGGCAACUUGAUUCAAAUGGAUAUAAAUGUUUUUGUCAAGCAUGGUCAGCAACAGGUGGAACAUCGAAAUCUAAAGCAGCAACAAUUGAAAUAGCUUAUUUGGAUAAAGUAUUUGAAUGGGAACCAUUACGAACAGAUAGUGUUAUAAGUAAAUCAGCUGAAUUACGAUGCCGUCCUCCAAGUGGUAAUCCAUAUCCAAAAAUAACAUGGUUAAAAGAUGGGAAAUCACUUGAAACAAAUCGUAAUGGAAGAUUUAUAUUAUCAAAUGAAAAUUCUUUACUUAUUGCACAAAUAAAACAAACAGAUGCUGGGAAUUAUACGUGUGUUGCAACAAAUAUAGCUGGAACUUAUUCAAGUGAACCAGCUGAACUUAUUGUUCAUGAUGAUCGUGGAUGGUC